AUGCUCACUGAGUUUCCUGCGGUCGUGGCCCAGGAUUCCAAACCAAUUGUGGCAGAUGGGACUUCAUUUGCCCUCAAUGGAAAAACUGUCUCGUAUCGCUUCCAUGUGGACAACACCACGGGAGACCUCUACGGUGAUCACUUCGGUGGCUCGGUCACAGGUGACAUUCCACUAGAAUCGGUGGCCGAUGUCAAUGGCUGGGUUGGAACACCGGGGCGUGUGCGCCGCGAGUUCCCAGACCAAGGCCGAGGCGAUUUCCGCAUCCCUGCUAUUCGGAUUCGCCAGUCGGCAGGGUACACUGUCUCCGAGUUGCAAUAUCAAUCCUACAAGAUCAUUGCGGGAAAGCCUGCUCUGGCUGGUUUGCCAGCUACCUUGGGCUCCGAAAAGGAUGUCAGUACAUUGGUUGUUUCUUUGUAUGACAAGUACAGCGAUGUCUCAGCCGACUUGUCGUAUUCGAUCUUCCCUGAAUAUGACGCUAUUGUUCGCAGUGUCAAUGUAACCAACCACGGAGAAGCAAAUAUUACAAUCGAAUCUCUGGCUAGUUUGAGUGUGGACUUGCCGUUUGAAGACCUGGAGAUGAUUAGUCUUCGUGGAGAUUGGGCAAGGGAGGCUCACCGCGAGAGACGCAAGGUCGAAUACGGUAUUCAGAGCUUUGGAAGUGCUACCGGUUACUCCUCUCACCUUCACAACCCAUUCCUGGCCUUGGUCGAGCCUUCAGCUACCGAGUCUCAUGGCGAAGCCUGGGGAUUCUCAUUGGUGUACACUGGUUCAUUCUCGAUUGAUGUCGAGAAAGGUUCACAGGGCUUCACUCGCGCUUUGGUCGGUUUCAACCCUGGCCAUCUUUCUUGGAACCUUCCACCCGGGGAGACCCUCUCCUCUCCGGAAUGUGUCUCGGUAUACUCCAAGGAUGGAAUUGGCGGCAUGUCGCGCUCUCUGCACAGCUUGUAUCGCAAGCAUCUUAUCAAGAGCAAGUUCGCCACUAGCGAUCGCCCCGCCCUUCUCAACAGCUGGGAGGGACUCGGUUUCAACAUCAACGAAAGCAGCGUCUACAACUUGGCACAGGAGGCCACCGAAGUAGGCGCGAAGCUCUUCGUCCUUGAUGAUGGCUGGUUCGGCAAGGAGUACCCCCGAACAUCUGAUGAGCAAGGACUGGGUGACUGGGUGCCGAACCCAACCCGAUUUCCAAAUGGCCUCGCGCCGAUCGUGAGUAACAUCACUGCCCUUAAGGCCGCAAAUUCCUCAACAAACAUGCGCUUCGGCAUUUGGGUUGAGCCUGAAAUGGUCAGUCCCAAUUCGACCCUGUACCAUGAGCACCCCGACUGGGCUUUGCAUGCAGGACCCUACCCACGCACCGAGACACGUAACCAACUGGUGCUCAACCUUGCGCUGCCUGAGGUUCAAGACUUCAUAAUUAAGUUCAUGUCAGAAAUCUUGAACAGCGCAGAUAUUAGCUAUGUCAAAUGGGACAACAACAGAGGUAUCCACGAGAUGCCCACUCCUGCUACUGGUCACGCCUACAUGCUCGGCAUGUACCGGGUUUUCGACACUUUAACCACCAAAUUCCCAGACGUCCUCUGGGAAGGCUGUGGGUCAGGUGGUGGUCGUUUCGAUCCAGGCGUUUUGCAAUAUUUCCCACAAAUCUGGACAUCAGAUGAUACUGACGCUGUCGAGCGCAUUACCAUCCAACUGGGUACUUCGCUCGCAUACCCGCCCAGCGCUAUGGGUGCUCAUCUCUCUGCUGUGCCAAACCAGCAGACUGGCCGUACCGUUCCAGUUGAGUUCCGCGGUCACGUCGCCAUGAUGGGUGGAUCGUUUGGGCUGGAGCUUGAUCCGGCUGAGAUGCCGGCCGAGGACAAGGCUGCUUUGCCAGGGCUUAUUGCUUUGGCCGAGAAGGUUAGUCCCAUUGUGUUAACUGGUGAUAUGUGGCGCCUGAAUCUGCCAGAGGAGUCGAACUGGCCUGCUGUCUUGUUCAUUUCUGAAGAUGGUAAACAGGCUGUGUUGUUUGUCUUCCAGCUCAGUGCGAACAUCGACCAUGCCUGGCCGCGUAUCAGGCUGCAAGGGCUAGAUGAACAGUCAUCUUACAAGAUUGAUGGCAAUGCUGUGUAUACAGGUGCCACUUUGAUGAAUCUUGGUCUGCAAUUCCCCUUCGAUAGCGAUUUGGGUAGCAAGGUUGUGAUGUUGGAGAAGCAGUAG